AUGUCGGAUGCGUCCAAGGAGCAGUCUUCUUCACAGUCUCAGGCUGACCGCUCCAAGGCGCGAGCCGAACCCUCCGCGACAAAACUCGCGACUCCUGGUCCCGAUACUAACUUGAAGAGCAGCGUGGGCGCGUUCCAGACCUACAAUGAUGUUGGUGGAUUGGGCGGCAAGGAAGAAAAAAGUAGAGAGGACGAGGCCGCAGGGACCACCGCCGCCCUCUCACAACCUGCUCCUUCCGAAUCACAGAUUCAACUAAAUCGAUAUCGAGAGCGAUUGGCACGAGAUCUGGAGAGGCGUGAGAUGGUGACGAGAGGGCUGACGGCGACCACCUCCGAAAAGAUGCGCGUGUCACCGAUUCUGGAGGAGAGUGGUAACUCGCCGCGCAGCAGCAUUGCCGCCAUGUCGACAUCAUUGUCAAACCUUACAACAACUUCCACCGAGUCUGGUAAUACCGUCCGCGGCGGCAUGGCGCCAGGAAAUGUCGCCGGCACCCCGUCCUACCCAUUUCCGCGCAUGCACACCCCGGGCUACGGUCCCAGCUCAAUAAAUAGGGCGUUUGGAAACAUGUCACCAACUGCCGCGGCCUUCAUGUCGCAGACUAUGUCGUUUGAGGGCUUCGGGUCCGCUCAGGAUAGAGUGUUGUCCGGCUCAUCAACGCCCGCAUCGGCGCUCACUUUUCUUCCCGCCGGAGCCACCGGUCAGCUGGAGGGCGACUUUCCGAGCCCGAAUCUAUAUGACUUGUCACUAAUGCUCACCGCCGAGCCGGGACUGGAUGCCUGGUGGAACACUGUCGUCCAGAUCAUGAGAGGCGUGUACAAAGCUGAGCGAGUCACGCUUGCUGUACCAGCCGACUCUACCGACAUUGAGAAUGUGCCCUGGGGCCAGAAGGCAACGUACAACGAGCACCAAGAGGACGAACUGAGCCUCGGGUACAUGGCCAGAGGCAGCAGUCUCAUCCCUAGCAGCGCAGGUGAUGUCGGCUCCGAAGAAACUCCUUCCGCGUCAGAGGAUCCUACGCGCCCAAGGUUGCUGUCUCGCCCGAGCCUGCAAACACGCCAUUCGUUCACUGCCUACGAGGACAACAGAGAACGCAAGGGAAACAAUGACAGGCUUCUACCAUCGCGCCGCCCAACACAGCUUGGCAGGAGCAAGAGCUACUUCCCGCCUGGUCAGGCGUCGCAAGAGAACGCCGAGGCGUCCCAGCAAAACAUGGAGGCGCCGGGCCCAGCACUGAACAAGUCGGCACUCGCCGAACAUGAUGCCGAGGAGCAGAACAUCCCGAGCUGGGAAGCCCCCCUAGCCAACCCUAAUACCGCAGGGAGGGUACUCCCCGUGCUUCAAGCUCUGGACUACGAGGCCGACCCUCUUAUCGACCACAGCGGUGUUAUGCGUGUUCUCGAGCGUGGCAAGGUGAUUGCACUGACGAGAAGCUAUCCGUAUUUGCAGAAUCUGCCGGAAGAGAUGCCUAUCAAGUCCAAGGUGACGGCCAACACGACCUCGGCAGAGGCAGCAAGGAAGAAACUAAGGAAGGGUAGGAUUGAGUCCAGCUCAAAGUUGUCGUCAAUUCUCGGCGGCGCAAACUCAUCAUUCGGCUCGAACCGUAGCCACAGCAGUGACAAACCAUCUAGCAUGAUCUCCCGGCUUGAUGAUGGUGAGCCACGACCGCCGACACCCACAUACGAAGAAUUUGAGCAGGCCCCGCCAUCCCCGUGGUCUCAGUCACCAGCCCCCUCGCCGGCGGUGCGUGCAGAUCCUACGGAGAACCCCUUUUUUACCGACGCCAUGGUCGACGAGGACUCAUUUAACCCUGAUUCUGCCCCGACUGACUACACCGGAAUGCGGCCGCCAGAAGCCAUCGGCGUGGACAAUUCGUGGACCGUUCUCCACAUUCCGCUGACGCACGUGCUUCUAUCAAAACCUGCCCGUCCUUUCAAGCUCAACAACUCAAUCUUGGAACAAAAAUCGCAUUCACGUAGUUGGAACGAGACACCGGAGCCCUCGGCAGAUGAAGACGAUGCCGAGGCCUCCUGGCAGCGGAAAGACAGGCCGGCACCCAUCGCCAUCCUCUCGAUACUCAGUCCCAUCAUCCCAUACCCCUCAAACCUUCGCCAUUCACUGGAAUACCUCGCUCCGCACCUGGCAACCUCCUUCUCUUUGUGUCGUCAUUACACAAACUUGGAGACAGAGCUCACCGGCCUUCACCGCCGCAGGCCUCACACGGCCGGGUUUGGUGCUCUUGCAGCCGAUGGCCGCCCACUGGCGGACCCUGCCAGCAUCGGCAACCUGAGCUUUAUGUCUUCGGACGACAUCGCUGCCCAAGGUUCCUUAGCGGGCAGCAUUACGAGCCCUAGCGAGUACUCUGGCAUUUCCAAAAGCGCCACUGGCUCCCCAAUUGGUACGCCUGGUUGGGACCAGAGCUCUCUGCACCAGCUUAUCGACAAGCGAGAAAUCGGCUCCGUCAAGGGUGGAAUCGUCGUCAACAAACUCACAGACGACGAGGAGGGGUUCAAAGGGGGAAUCUCCUGUCGACAAGCGUCAAGCUCAUCUCUCUGCGACGCACAGGCCCCGUGUCCAGGAAACCUCUCAGGCCCCGGGGAGAGCCAAGAGGUGGCAGAGAAGAACACGGAAAGCCAGGCUUCAACGCCUGGAGGCGCCAAACGGGUCCUUUCACACGAGCUGAAGAACUACCUGGACGAGAUCGCCGUGCUAGAACCCCGUCUCAAGCCAGUCGAACACAAGGGCGGAGAUCACAGUCACCACACACUGUUGCACUCAUAUGGUGCCGACUUUGCGACUAGCUUCCAGUCUUUACCACCCAGCUCUAGCGUAGUCAGCAGGCCAGUGCCCCAUGCCGCGCCCUCCCGGACGGGCUCAUUGUCACAAGGCCCGGUUGAUAUGCCACCGCCGUCGGACCGGCUGAAGGGUCUCAUACUCGAUUCUCUACCCGCCCACGUGUUUGUCUCGCUACCGCAGACAGGCGAGAUCGUAUGGGUGAACAGUCGCUAUUUGACAUACCGUGGGCAAACGGUCACCGACCUGGCUGCUGACCCCUGGGGGAGCAUUCACCCAGAUGAUAGGGAUGAAUACCUCAAGGCGUGGAGCCACUCAUUGCGGACUGGAGAGCAGUUCUCGAGGACUGUUCGUAUCAGGCGGUUUGAUGGAGCGUACCGAUGGUUCUAUGCGCGCGCAGUUGCAUCGCGCGAUAAACGGGGCGUCAUGAUGCAGUUCCUCGGUUCAUACAUGGAUAUCCACGACCAGCACAUCGCAGAGCUAAAGGCUGCACGGCAAGAGGAGAUUGAGGCCUCUGAAGCCAAGCACAGAUUACUAGCCAAUCUCAUCCCCCAAAUCAUAUUCACUGCCACCGAAGAUGAAGGCAUUACGUUUGCCAACGAGCAAUGGCUCUCAUACACCGGUCAGAGCUUUGAAGACUCCUUAGGAUUGGGUUUCAUGGACUUCGUACACCCCGACGACCUGGCCAAGUGUCAGAUACCAACAGACCGGCCACCAACCCCGAUGCCUUCCAAAUUCGACCGCAAAGGCCACCAAGAACCAUCUGAGGCAGUGCCGGCUAGCGUCAUGUCAAGUAAAGUGCAGAGCCAACUGGAGACGAACCUUAGGGGCAUCCACCAAGCACUGUCGCGAAAUAACAGUUCUAGUAGCAGCUCGGUCUACGAGAUGCCUACCGCUGACAUCACAAUGUUGGCAAGGCAGGGCGUUAUCAAGGUGACUACCGACAGCAAUGGCAGACUCUCGUAUACCACGGAGGUACGGUUGCGGUCCAAGAACGGCGAAUACAGGUGGCAUCUGAUCCGCUGUGUUGAGAUUGACAACAUCGACUUUGGGAACGGAGCCAGCUCGUACUUUGGCUCGGCCACGGAUAUUAACGACCACAAGCUGCUCGAGGCAAAGCUCAAGGAGGCUAUGGAGUCCAAGAGCAGGUUUCUUAGCAAUAUGUCACACGAGAUUCGAACACCACUUAUUGGCAUUUCUGGCAUGGUCAGCUUCCUGCAGGACACCGUCCUAAAUGAGGAGCAGCGCGACUACACCAACACGAUCCAGACAAGCGCCAAUAGCUUGCUAAUGAUCAUUAACGACAUCCUUGACUUGUCCAAGGUGGACGCCGGUAUGAUGAAGCUCAAGUAUGAGUGGUUCCACACACGCUCCCUCAUCGAGGACGUCAAUGAGCUGGUGUCCACCAUGGCUAUUGCCAAGAGACUGGAACUGAACUACAUUGUCGAAGAGGAUGUGCCGGCGUGGGUCAAGGGCGACAAAGUCCGCAUUCGCCAGGUCCUACUCAACGUUAUCGGAAAUGCUAUCAAGUUUACGACAGAGGGUGAGGUGUUCAGCCGGUGUAGGGUUUACAAAGAUGGAGCGUCGUCCAACCUUGGUAAUCAGAUUGUGCUCGAGUUUGCUAUCAUCGAUACGGGGCGUGGAUUCACCAAGGAGGAGGCCGACCUCAUUUUUAAGCCAUUCAGCCAAAUCGACGGCAGUAGCACAAGGCAGCACGGCGGUAGUGGCCUCGGCCUCGUCAUUUCCAGGCAAUUGGUGGAGCUCCACGGCGGUAAGAUGGAGGGAAGCGCGGUCCCCGGCAAGGGCUCGACGUUUACCUUUACCGCCAAGUUCGCUCUGCCGACCAAGGAAGAUCAUCCCGACGCACCCUUGAGCCCAGAGACACUCGACACUCCUGCUGAGACCGCCCAAGAGCUAAGCGUGCAUCGUCCUGUGAAAACCCUACAAUCGCCCAGGGCAGCAUCGACCAUUAGCUCGCGGGCCGAUCCCGGGUUCAUGUCACCGGCCCUGGCUUCUAGCGGAAGUUCGGAUCCUUCGGUGCGGUCCAGCAUCUCUCAAACUACGGAGCGUACGUCCGUGUCAUCGAUCAACGUCGGUCUUGUCCACUUCAGUGAGGCUGCCCGCGCGAGUGGCCAAGACUUGUCGCAGAUGAAGCUGGAGCUGCCCUCGGGCGAGUCCUCGCCAGGAACGACGCCAACGCCAGAGACUGCCAAGCCUGGCAAGACUGAAGAAUUCAAGCCGCCCAUGUACUCCAUCCUCAUCAUCUGUCCGCAGACCCACAGCCGUGAGGCCACUGCACAGCACAUUGAGAUGACGCUGCCUAAGGAUGUGCCCCAUCAGAUCACCGCCCUAGAUUCGACUGAAAAGGCACAGAGGCUGCUGGGGGAAGGUGACUCGGUUAACUUCACGCAUAUUGUCAUCAAUUUGCCGUCCCCAGAGGAGAUUAUUGGUCUGAUGGAACAGAUCACUAGAUCGACGACAAUCAGCGAUACGACCAUUCUCAUUCUGUCUGACUCGGUCCAGCGACAGGCUGUGAUGAGGCUGGCGACCGACACAGAGUACGAGAGGCUCGUGUCGGAGAACAUUGUGACGUUCAUAUACAAGCCGGUCAAACCCUCGCGGUUCGCUGUCAUUUUCGAUCCUGACAAGGUGCGCGACCUAAGCAUCGACCGCAAUCGCUCCACAGCACAGCGAAUGGUUGAGACCCAGAAGGCGAGCUAUCAGGAGAUUGGCAAGCGUAUGGGCAACAAGGGGUAUAAGGUGCUACUGGUUGAGGAUAAUCCUGUUAACCAAAAAGUCCUUCAAAAGUACCUGAAGAAGGUAGGGGUGGAUGUCGAGGUGGCCGCAGAUGGAGUCGAGUGCACCGACAUGGUAUUAGCCCGUUCGCACAACUAUUACUCCUUGAUACUGUGCGACCUGCAUAUGCCACGCAAGGACGGCUAUCAGGCCUGUCGGGAGAUCCGACAAUGGGAGAGGGAAAGGGGCUUCAAAAAACUGCCCAUCAUUGCGCUGUCAGCCAACGUCAUGUCCGACGUCCACGACAAAUGCGUAGCGGCCGGGUUCAGCGACUACGUCACGAAGCCUGUCGACUUUAUCGACCUCAGCAGAGCGAUGUCCAAGUUCUUCUGA